CCAUUCCCACUCCUGGUAUCCUAUGAUAUCAGCCAAAGCUCUGAACUCCUCCAUUCCAGUCGCAUCAUACACUUCCUCGCAGCGCCGACGCUCUCCUUCCCCUACUCGCGCUCAGCGGCGCUCAGGCUCGGGCCCUCAGCGACGGAGGGGAAGUCCCAGGCUCGGCGGCGGCGUCAGCGGCUCCGCCUCUCGCCAGUCGCCUCGCGCCCUCGCCUCCGUCCUCCGCGCACCGGCCGGCGACCCUGCGUUCAUGUUUCAUCAUAAGGAAUGAACAGCUGUCGACAAAUGGAACUCCACUACAUAAACACUGGAUUUCCAUACACAAUCACAGAGAGUUUCAUGGAUUUCUUUGAGGGUCUCACUUAUGCUCAUGCUGACUUUGCUCUUAUGGAUGGCUUUCAGGAUCAGGGUAAUCCUUACUGGGCAAUGAUGCAUACAAAUUCAUACAAGUAUGGAUACUCUGGUCCUGGGAACUAUUACACCUAUGCUCAUGUCUAUGACAUAGACGACUACAUGCAUAGAGCUGAUGGUGGGCGCAGAGUAUGGGAUAACACUACACCUGCAAACAAUGUGGACUCUGCCAAUGUUGUCCUGCAGGGCAGUGAAGCUCCCCGCACAACUGCAAAUACUACCACCGAGGAAUGCAUCCAACAGGUACACCAAAGUCCGGGUAGUCCUCAGGUUGUUUGGCAAGACAACAUUGACCCUGACAACAUGACAUAUGAGGAACUGUUGGAUUUGGGUGAGGUAGUUGGAACCCAGAGCCGUGGUCUCUCUCAAGAACGCAUUUCAUCGCUUCCUGUCACGAAGUACAAGUGUGGUUUCUUUUCGAGGAAGAAAACACGCCGUGAAAGGUGUGUGAUUUGCCAAAUGGAGUACAGGAGAGGAAAUUUGCAGAUGACCCUUCCAUGCAAACAUGUAUACCAUGCCAGCUGCGUGACAAGAUGGCUUAGCAUAAACAAGGUAUGCCCUGUUUGCUUUGCUGAAGUUCCUGGCGACGAACCUAAGAGGCAAUGAGUCAUCAGUUGUGAGGCCGCUAUGAAGUUGUUGCGCUUUGAAGCUGAGUACUGCCCGCAAUGUAUGCAUGAUUUCUGCUUGAAGGCAGCUUAUUGUCCCUUCUUUAGAAUUGUGUAUUAGCACCAUAUUACCAAAUAUAGGUUAUUAUCAGAUGUAUUUAGUGUUUGCUUCAGCGUUUUGUAACGUAAUCAAAUCAGUGGGGAAAGAGGUACUGUCACAUGUUUGGUUGGACAAGGCCCAUAAUGCAACCUUUACAGCUAAUUAUAGAGGCUCAACCUCACGUUAUU